CUUUUUUUUUUCAUUUAGGGGAGCUGAAUAUGUAUCUGCAAGAGAGUGGAUGAGGAUUUGCUUUGAGCUUUUAGAGCUCUUAAAAGCUCACAAAAAAGCUAUUCGAAGAGCUACCGUCAAUACAUUUGGUUAUAUCGCAAAGGCUAUUGGCCCUCACGAUGUAUUGGCUACACUUUUAAACAACCUCAAAGUUCAGGAAAGGCAGAACAGGGUUUGUACGACUGUAGCAAUAGCCAUUGUUGCUGAAACAUGCUCCCCCUUCACAGUACUCCCUGCCUUAAUGAAUGAAUACAGAGUUCCUGAACUUAAUGUGCAAAAUGGAGUGUUAAAAUCACUCUCCUUCUUGUUUGAGUAUAUUGGUGAAAUGGGGAAAGACUACAUCUAUGCUGUGACGCCUUUACUUGAGGAUGCGUUAAUGGACAGGGACCUUGUUCACAGACAGACAGCUAGUGCAGUGGUGCAACACAUGUCACUUGGUGUUUAUGGAUUUGGCUGUGAAGAUUCUCUGAAUCACUUACUGAACUACGUGUGGCCUAAUGUGUUUGAGACAUCUCCCCAUGUAAUCCAGGCAGUUAUGGGAGCUCUGGAGGGCCUCAGGGUGGCUAUUGGACCAUGCAGAAUGUUACAGUAUUGCUUACAGGGUCUGUUUCACCCAGCUCGGAAAGUCAGAGAUGUGUACUGGAAAAUUUACAACUCUAUCUACAUUGGCUCCCAGGAUGCUCUCAUAGCACACUACCCACGAAUCUACAAUGAUGAGAAGAACACCUAUAUUCGUUACGAACUUGACUAUAUCUUGUAACUUUGUGUCUAAUACAGCUGUUUCACACCUUAAACCUGCUUCGAUCUGAUGAUAUAAACUUGUAAAACAUUGCGAUCAGUGUAGAGCUGGUCAUAGUGGAGGGGUAGAAAUCCAGUAGCAUGAUUUUUAAAUAAUUUUUGUUUUUUGAUGUUAAACAGUAAAUGCCAGUAGUGACCAAGGACAGUGCUUAUACACACUAUACUGGAGGGAUAUCAUUUUUUUAUUCAUCUUUAUGAAGAUUUAGAAUUCAUUCCUUGUGUUUAAAGGGAAUGUUUAAUUGAGAAAUAAACAUUCGUGUACAAAAUGCUAAUUUGUGUGUGUUUUUUGAAUAUGACUUGUAAAAUGCAAAACUUUGGUAAAGUACUGGUUUGUGUAGAAUAAGUGGCUUAAUUUCAUCUUCUGUCAUCUAGUUUAUUAUGGAACAUAGCAGCACGCAAACUAUAUAGUGAUGGCCUGUUUGUCAAAAGCCCAUUGUUUUGUUAGUGAUGAAAAGAGUAGCUUUGGGGUGCCCCUCCCCUCGGUGUAGCAUAACCGUUCCAGCACCAUAGAAAAGUAGCACUCUGGCUGAACUGUCUUGAGUAUUAUUUUGUACUCACAUAGCACCUUUCACCUUGAUUUCUCAAAAUGCUUUAUGAGCAGACAUCAAGGAUAUAUUUUAUGCCUUGUCCAACUUUGGCCUGUGCUUAUAAAGUGGAGAAGCUGUCUGUAACUCGGAAUAGUGUACUUCCUGUUGGGAGUGAAGCUAUCUAAGAAAUGCUUGUGUAGUAGGACAGUCUGGGCUUUUGUGGUAUGCCUCUAAUGAGUUCAUUUAUAAGCAGCUAUUGAACACCUGUUGAAUGCUAGCCACUGUCUGUUGAUGAAGGGGCUGUGAAGGUGCAUAUGAUCUGUCCUGAGGUACCAGGAUGCUGUGCAAUGGAAGAUGCAGACAUGCCUAGAUUUGUUUAGCUUGUAUGUAGCAGUCAGAUACUGUAUUGGUUUAAGUGUGAGUAUAAGCCCUUCAGUUCAUGAAGACCAAGCAUUAAGGGGCCAUUUUAAUGUUUGGGACAACUAAUGAAUCAGGUUUUUGGUUUUUUUUUUUNUUUUUUUUUUUUUUUUUUUUUUUUUUUUUUUUUUUUUUUUAACUUUAUGCCCCAAAUUUCUUGUUUUUAAAACUUUUCUAGCCAUCACUGUUUUGUCUCCCUCU